GGAUAUUUCUGACUUUAAACGUGGUCCAAUUAUUGAUAAUUGAGGGCAUUUCUGACCUUCCAAGGCUCUACCUCAUUCUCUAGCAAUUAUUAUUAAAAAACAUAAUAUAAUCGCAAAAUGGACGAGCAAAAAAAAUCAUUUACAUCUCAUAUCAUUGUAAGAAUAUGGAGUCCCAAAGCUUCACGCAAGAGCAAGGGAAAGUCCGAGCUGAAGAUAAAAGCUAUGGGCUGGGCUUGGGCAACGUGUUCUGCAAGACGGGUAAAGGUUGGACAUGUGUGAUAACUAAGACUGAUGGGCCUGAUGCUGGAAAAGUUUUCGUUAAAUGCGGUGAAAAUUGCACCUGCACUCUUAAUGGUGAAGCUGUGUCCCCUGAAAUUGAGAGUAGUAGUGACAAUGACAGCGAAACAUUCUGCAAAUGUGGAGAAGGGUGGAGUUGUUCAAUUUUCAGGACUGAAGGCCCUGAUGCAGACUCAGGCAAGGGCUUUGCUGAAUGCACUCAACAAUACAAGUGUGCUUGUAAUUGUUGACCACCAAUUGUCCCUAAAGAACCUAAUAUAAUACUACGAAGGCUAAUAAAUUUGGUAUGUCAAAUAAAGGGACUACUAUCCUCCAGUUAUUAUGUGUGAUUAGUAAUGAAUUUGGUUUUUGCCUCUUGUUUCUAAGUUACAUUGAUAUUGUACAACACACCUUCUUAUUAGUCAAGAACAAUAAGUUUGGAUUUAUGAUGCUAAAAACGAAGUGCUUACUCACUUUGUAUUUGUGUUUGUUUUUGUAAUAACAAAAAUUAAUUUUAAAUGAAUUGGGUUUACACUUA